GACUUGUAGUACAUAUUUGAUAACCUCAAACUCUCAGAUUGAAAGAGCAACACAACACAAAAACAACGCCCAAAACCAAAAGGAGAACGACCUAGUCAUUUCUCUCUCUGACACUUUCUUAUAUUCUUGUCCUUCCAUUCUCUCACUCUCACUUUGUUCUUCACUCUUCUCCUCCUUUAAAAGGAAAAAAAAAAUCCAACACCAUUCUCAACCCUCUCUCUCUUUCUCAAUUUUGGUCCUAAAAAUUAUUUCUUUUCAAAAAUUUAUAAGAAACAUGGGCAAUCAAAAAUUUGAAAACCAUCACCAAUUUUACAACAACCGUCACAAAAACACAUUCCUUCCAAUGUUAUGCUCAAGACCCUCCAUCAAAGAUGUGAAUCUUCCAAGGUGUAGAAUCAAUCCAUCUUCUUCUUGCAAUGACCCUUUAUCACCAAAAAUAGGUUGCAUGGGUCAAGUCAAAAGAAACAACAAAAUUGCUGGAUUUCCAACUUCACAAUACAAGUUGCUCAGUUUCAACAACAAAAGUAACACCCCCUCAAUUAUUUCACCAGUUGUGAAAUAUUCCAAACUCAAAAAACUUUUUUCUAGUAAGAAUCUUAUUAGCACCCCCUCAACUACUUCUACCACCACUAAAACCAAGCAAAGGGUGGUAGGUAAUAGUACUAAUAUUGUGAAGGUGCCCAAAAAUAUUGAAAGGUGUAUUAGGAAUGAGAAUGUUGUUGUUGGUAUAAAAAUUGAUGAAAUGGAUCCUCCUUUACCUGUGAUCAAGAGGGUGAAUAAGUUGGAAGAAGGAAACAAAAGUGAGAAUAGUCUUUGGAAAAGAAGAUCAGGUUCAAGUUUGGCUCCAUUGAGAAGUUUACAGGUUCAACAGAUUCAAGUUCAAACUCCAAAGCUUUGUAUUGAACCUACAACUGUUUGAUAAUGGAAUUAGAUUAGACAGAUCCAUAGUUUUUUUUUUUCAUUUGAAAUUUUUACUUAGAUCAGAUAUAAUGUAAAUUGUUUAUUGUUUGUUCAUCUUUUCCCUUUUUUUAAGUUUUCUCAGCUUACAAUUUGGAAGAGUUAUGCUAUAAUUUCUUGAAGCAUGUCACAUGGGGUGAUGCAGAA